AUAACUCUAACUGAUGGUCGCAGUCACAGAAUAUUUCGCCUGGUUUGCUGUUAGCGGGGAAUAUUUUUGAAAUAUGUCGAAUACUACAAAAGUUGCCAGAUUUUUGGAGUUUGGCAAGAAGAUAAUAUGUGUUGGUAGAAACUACAGUGAACAUGCUGCUGAGCUUGGCAACCCAGUCCCCAAAAAGCCGAUCCUGUUCUUGAAGCCGACCACAGCCUAUGUGACAGCUGGAGACACUGUCAAGAUUCCCAAAGGAUGUAGCUCACUACAUCAUGAAGUGGAGCUUGGCGUUGUGAUUGGAGAAAAAGCAUGUGACGUAGCUGAACCCGAUGCCAUGAAGCACGUGGGGGGCUACGUCCUGGCGCUGGACAUGACUGCCCGAGACUUCCAGGACGAGGCCAAGAAGAAGGGACAGCCAUGGACCAUGGCUAAAGGAUUUGACACGUCAUGUCCAGUUGGGGAAUUCAUUGAAAAAAGUAAAAUUCCUGAUCCAAGCAAUGUUCAGCUGUGGCUCAAGGUCAACAGUGACAAGCGUCAAGAUGGAAAUACAAAAGACAUGAUUUUUAAUGUUCCAUAUCUCAUCAGCUAUGUGAGUCAGUACUUCACAUUGGAGCCUGGUGACCUGCUUCUGACUGGCACGCCCUCUGGUGUCGGUCCUGUGGUUGAAGGGGACGUAAUGGAGGCAGGAAUAGGAGAUAUAUCCACCAUCAAAUUCUCUGUGGAGAGGAGAUGAGAUUAUAUACCCCUAUAAUAUGACAUGUUAUCCAGAAAAUGUUGAGAAAGUUCUUGUGUUGAUUUUAGAUUCAGAAUAUGUGUGAAUGAAUAUAUGAGUAUGGUGCUAAUUUAUGUGUCAAAAUGAUACUUGUGAUUGAUAAGUAGUGAUAUGAGAGUUUGGAUUACAGUGGCUUGUGCUCAAGACUGGACUAUCUAUCUGUAUGUCUGUGUACAACAGACAAACGCUUGUACCAACAUUUGUACGUAAUUUAAAUUAUACUGGUAUCUAAUUUGGACUUUCUUCUCCCAGAAUUCCGGACUUGCUUUAAGUUGCAAUUACAAUUCAUAAUGUAAUGGAUACUUCCUGAUCCAGAUGUACUUAAACACUGGUGAUGAGAUGUGCUAGUUGAUAAAGUAACGCUGAGAAAUCUGACUGGUUACACGGUUGUACACACUGGAAAGAUUUGAGUUUGAGCAAGAGUUGUGCCCCUUGGCAAUACAGGUACUGUAUCCAGAUCCUUCUCAGGACCGUCUGUCUACAUGGUUGGUUAACUAGAUCCCACUGUGCUUUCAAAUCAUUUUUGAUCAUCACUGCACAUUACCACUUAUCUCAUGAUCCACAUGACUCAAUUUCUUACAGGAUCAUAUCUUUCUUCAUACAGACUUGGUCCUUUCAAAUGUGGAGCAGUAUUUCAUAAUUGUUUUCUUGUAUCGCCACCAUGAAUUAAUGAUAAAUUUAAGCAAUAUUUUCAAGCAUGUAAAGAUAUUGUCAUAAUCAUUAAGAAGGUCAAGUAGACACAAUUUAUGGAUAACAACUUCUGUAUUUUACUGUUAUGGCGACGUUUCGGUAUAGAUCCUUACACCGUUGUCAAGCUAAAGAAGUUAUCCAUAAAUUGUGUCUACUUUGCCAUCCAUCAACUUUAAAGAAAUGCCUAUCAAACAAUUCAUAAAGAAGGUGUUUUGGGGAACCUUUAUAUAUAACCUGAUUACUAUAUUAUAUAUAUUAUAUACCUGACUAUAUAUUAUUAUAUAGGCUACCUCAAUAACCAGGAUGCUAGAUUUUUGUUGUUAAUGAAAGAUAUUAAUGAUAAUAAACAAAAUGGCAUAAUAAAACAACACAAUAAUAUUGGUUUUAUUUAACGUAAAUACUGAUUGCUGUACAGAAAGUUAACACAUUAUAUUUUCGACUGAUUAUGCCUCGCCACUAAGCCCCAGUUGCAAGCAAAAUAAAAUUUUUUGGGUGUUGUUUAACGAGGCACUUUGCAAUAUUCCAGCCAUAUUACUGCGGUUUGUACACUGGAUCAGAAUCGAUAUUGUGAGCAACGAUCCAAUUAUUUGGGGUCUGAUGACACGCAAUGAACCAAGCCUGACCACCUGAUCCAGUUGGUCACAACCAUCAAAGUUUGCUGACCCACAAUCUCCACUGGGAUCCAAGCAAAAUAACAGAAAAAACUAUGGCAUUACUCAGUGCCUAAACACUAGAACAUAACUGUCAUUAUACAAAUACCCCUAACCAUUACCAAUGUCUCUUUUCCUAGAUUUCCUCCUUGCAGAUAUGUUGCAGAAUUGUAAAGCAACAUUCAGUCGUGAAUGGGAAAUUAUCUUGUGUGUUCAGUACUAUAGUCAUGCCAGGUAAAAGACAUGUAAGAUUCA